CGGUGACUUAAGCAACGGAGCGCAGCGAAGCCCAUUUUUCUCUUUGCUCGCAGCCGCGCCGGGCAGCUCGUGGCGCGGCGCCUCCGCUCCGGCCCGAGAUGAAUGCUGCGGCAGAAGCCGAGUUCAACAUCCUGCUGGCCACCGACUCGUACAAGGUUACUCAUUAUAAACAAUACCCACCCAACACAAGCAAAGUUUAUUCGUACUUUGAAUGCCGUGAAAAGAAGACAGAAAACUCCAAAGUAAGGAAGGUGAAAUACGAGGAAACAGUAUUUUAUGGGUUGCAGUACAUUCUUAAUAAGUACUUAAAAGGUAAAGUAGUGACCAAAGAGAAAAUCCAGGAGGCCAAAGAAGUAUACAGAGAACAUUUCCAAGAUGAUGUCUUUAAUGAAAGAGGAUGGAACUACAUCCUUGAGAAAUACGAUGGUCAUCUCCCAAUUGAAGUAAAGGCUGUCCCCGAGGGCUCUGUCAUCCCCAGGGGGAACGUGCUGUUCACCGUGGAAAACACAGACCCAGAGUGCUACUGGCUCACCAACUGGAUUGAGACUAUUCUUGUUCAGUCGUGGUAUCCAAUUACUGUGGCCACAAAUUCAAGAGAGCAGAAGAAAAUACUGGCCAAAUAUUUGUUAGAAACUUCUGGUAACUUAGAUGGUCUAGAAUACAAGUUACACGACUUUGGUUACAGAGGAGUCUCUUCGCAAGAGACUGCUGGCAUAGGGGCAUCUGCUCAUUUGGUUAACUUCAAAGGAACAGAUACUGUGGCAGGAAUUGCUCUAAUUAAAAAAUACUAUGGGACAAAAGAUCCUGUUCCAGGCUAUUCUGUUCCAGCGGCAGAGCACAGUACCAUAACGGCUUGGGGGAAAGACCAUGAAAAAGAUGCUUUUGAACACAUAGUAACGCAGUUCUCAUCAGUGCCUGUGUCUGUGGUCAGCGAUAGCUAUGACAUUUAUAAUGCGUGUGAGAAAAUAUGGGGUGAAGACCUGAGACAUCUAAUAGUAUCGAGAAGUACAGAGGCGCCACUAAUCAUCAGACCUGAUUCUGGAAAUCCGCUUGACACUGUACUGAAGGUCUUAGAUAUUUUAGGCAAGAAGUUUCCUGUUACUGAGAACUCAAAAGGCUACAAGUUGCUGCCACCUUAUCUUAGAGUCAUUCAAGGAGAUGGAGUGGAUAUCAAUACUUUACAGGAGAUUGUAGAGGGAAUGAAACAAAAAAAGUGGAGUAUUGAGAAUGUCUCCUUCGGUUCUGGCGGCGCUCUGCUACAGAAGUUAACCAGAGACCUCUUGAAUUGCUCCUUCAAGUGCAGCUAUGUUGUAACCAAUGGCCUUGGGGUCAAUGUCUUUAAGGACCCAGUUGCUGAUCCCAACAAAAGGUCAAAAAAGGGCCGGUUAUCUUUACAUAGGACACCAGCGGGGAACUUUGUUACCCUUGAAGAAGGGAAAGGAGACCUUGAGGAAUAUGGCCAUGAUCUUCUCCACACGGUUUUCAAGAAUGGGAAGGUGACAAAAAGCUACUCAUUCGAUGAAGUCAGAAAAAAUGCACAGCUGAAUAUCGAGCAGGACGCGGCGCCUCAUUAGGCUUCGUGUAGCCGGGUUGUUAUGUGUGCAGAGAGAGAGAGAGAGAGAGAGAGAGAGAGAGAGAGAGAGAGAGAGAGUGUGUGUGUGUGUGUGUGCGCGCAUACAUGCGUGCAUGUGUGUGCGCCUGUGUGUAUGCACUAACAUGUUCAUCGUAAGGAUGUGUGCAUUUGUGUUUAGGAUACACUGCAGCCAGAUUAUUUGUUGGUUUAUGGACAUACUGCCCUUUUUAUUUUUUCCCAGUGUUUAGAUGAUCUCAAAUUAGAAAACACUUAUAACCAUGUACAAGAUUAAUGCUGAAGUAAGCUUUUUAGGGCCCUUUGCUAAUAGAUAGUAACUCAAUCUGGUGUUGAUCUUUUCACAAAUAACAGAACCAAGAAACUUUUAUAUAUAACUACAGAUCACAUAAAACAGAUUUGCAUAAAAUUACCAUGCCUGCUUUAUGUUUAUAUUUAACUUGUAUUUUUGUACAAACGAGAUUGUGUAAGAUAUAUUUAAAGUUUCAGUGAUUUAACAGUCUGUUUCCAACUUUUCAUGAUUUUUAUGAGCACAGACUUUCAAGAAAAUACUUGAAAUAAAUUACAUUGCCUUUUGUCCAUUAAUCAGCAAAUAAAACAUGGCCUUAACAAAGUUGUUUGUGUUGUUGUACAUUUGGAAAUUAUGUCAGGACAUUCACCCAACAGAAUUGCUAACAUCACUGCCCUUGUAGAAUAUGCAGUAAUCAUUCUCCAUUGAAGAGAAUAAUGGUUCUUAUUCUAAUGUUUAGGCAUUGUACAGUCUGUGCCCUGCUCAUUGUAUUGUACCAGUGAUGCCAAAUCCCAAAGGCCUGUUCUGCAAUUUUAUAUGUCGGAUAUUGCCUGUGGCUCUAAUAUGCACCUCAAGAUUUUAAGAAGAUAAUGUUUUUAGAGAGAAUUUCUGCUUCCACUAUAGAAUAUAUACAUAAAUGUAAAAUAUUGAAAGUGGAAGUAGUGUAUUUUAAAGUAAUUACACUUCUGAAUUUAUUUUUCAUAUUCUAUAGUUGGUAUGACUUAAAUGAAUUGCUGGAGUGGGUAGUGAGUGUACUUAUUUUAAAUGUUUUGAUUCUGUCAUAUUUUCAUUAAGUUUUUUAAAAAUUAAAUUGGAUAUUAAACUGUAUGGACAUCAUUUAUUAAUUUAAAAUUAAACCCUCAGUAACUAAUAUUUAAACAAGUUCUUGAUGUUAUCCCCAAUGGAGAGCAUGAUUCUUAAUAGAAGCAUCUUAUUUAAUGCAGAGACUUAGCUAAAUUUAAAAUAUUCAUCCUCAAAAUAUUUAUGGUGAUUUACUGCUAGGUCCUGAGUCAGCCAUUGCACUCAACAAGAUACCAGUCUCUUUUAGGUGACACUACAAGCGGGGGUGGCCAGCCUCCCCUGCUGGCCAACUUCACACUGCUUCAUUUUUAAUUACACACUGUCUAAGUCUUUCCUACUUUGGUAGCAGAAAUUGAGUAGUUGCAAUAGAAACCACAUAGUCCUCAAAGCCUGGAAUGCUCACUACACCCAAUCACGGAGAGCUCGCUAGCCUGGGUCUAGGAAAAGGAGCGAGCUUUUGCAUUUUCAGAGAGAUGUUGGUUUUUCUGGGAAGGGAGGAAGUUGAAUUUUAUGGAGUGUCUCUUGUUCUUUCUCAUUUAAGAAUCUGAUAAUGGAAAACUGAUUUAGAAAAGUUUUAACAAUUUGCCGUUAAGAUAUUAAGCCAUAAAUCAUGUAAAUCAAUUUCAUGAGGAAGCACAUGAGGUGAAUUAGAGGGUGAGCAGGUGAUCCUAAAGCUUAGAACAAUGAGCAUUACUCACUUUUAGUAAUCUUUAUUUUGUAAUACAUGAAAAAAUAUAUCUUAAACUAACUUUAAAAAAAAAUGGAACUUGAGUAGUGUGGUCAUGUUGUACUACUUGCCUGUAAUCAGAAAUGAGGCGAUCAGAAACAACAUCAUACUUGGCUACAUAGCAAACUUUAGGCUAGCCUGUGCUACCUGGCUCAAGAAAAGUAACAUGUACCUAAGGUUAGUAGUGCUGCAGAGACAUGUCCUGCGUGGGUACAGGCAUAGUCAGUACUUGAGAGGUUUGUUAAGUUCAAAGCCAGCCUGAGCCAUAGAGACCCUUGUGUCUCCUCCCAGAAAGGAUAGGUACUGCCUCACAACGGUUUAUAGAGUACUACACAAAACUCAGUGGUGUCACACUGGUGUUGUGUGAAUUCCACCAGCUACACAUGCCAGUUGUCUUGAAACAUGUAGUGUAAACUAGCAGUUUCCGUUUGUGCACAGCGUGGGUGCAGAGAUGGAAGGAGUCAUCUCUCUUGGCUUCAGUCCCCUUGGAACAGAUUCAUUUUGGAUUUCUGUCACUAAGCAGUAUUUGGCCAUCCCCAUUCUGACUACCAAAUGGUUAUCAUGAAUGUCAAACGGAGUUGUGUUAGCGUGUCACCCUUAGGUCAGACUAAUCCUUAAGACACUAGAUUUGCAGUUGACAUGAGUCCCCUCAAAUCAUAACUUGGAAGUAGACAGUAGAAUUUGUGUUAUUUGUACCCUCUACUUAAAAGGUUUUUAUGAGUAGCCCUUCCUUUCUUGAAAUGGAAAAAAAAAAAGCUUUUAUAGUGAAAUCCAUCUUGGAAAAUUAGAGAAAAUAGCAAGAUGUUUGUUGUUGUAUUUACCAUACCUUAGAACUCACACUUAAAGUAGUAUUUUGUAGUUUUACAUUCCUUUUUAACUCAUUCAGUGGAGAAUAUCAGACGGUCUCCCAAGUUGUAUGUUAAGUCAAUUCUAAUAUGUACUCAGCAUCAAAGACAAACAUGUAAUAAACAUGGAAAUAAAGUUUAGUUCUGUUAGUGAAAUGUUAAA